CUUCGGGAAUUGAUAGAGCGCAAAACCAGCUCCAUAGAUCCCAAUGAUCAAGUGGCAAUGGGCAGGCAGUGGUUAGCAAUACAGAAAUUAAGGAGUAAAAUUAAGAAAAAAGUGGACACCAAAGCAAGCAAAGGAAGAAAAAUUAGAUAUCAUGCCCAUAGCAAGCUGGUAAGCUUCAUGGCUCCUAUUGACCACAGCACGAUGACCGAUGAUGCCAGAACCGAACUAUAUCAGUCCUUGUUUGGAAAAGUAAAAUGUCCCGAAGAAGAGAAGUUAAUAUAACAAUCAAGUUUCAUUUCAGAAUACUCAUAAUCCAAAUGUGCUGACUGAAGAGGAUACAUAGAAAUAUUGUGAAUAACUUUUAUUGAAUAUAUAUAUAAUGCAAAACUGUUGUCCUGCAUGUUGAUUUCAUUGAUAUUUUUUAUAGUCCAUUUCAGACUGUAUUUAAAUACCACUAAAGGCUAGGGACUUUUUUUCAUAAGAUUUUUUACUGCAUUUAUGCUGUUUAUUCAUUAGUAAGAAUAUUCUAUGUAAAGGGAUAUUCCAGACAAAAUUGGAAUACACACAGGUUCAUUUCAUUUUUGAAUAGAAGCAUUUUUUCAAUAUACACGUAUUGUAAAAAAAAUACUUCUAGUAUUGGCUACACCUGUUUCAAAAGUGUACUUAAAGGGACAUGAAACACAAAAUGUUUCUUUAAUGAUAAAGAUAGAACAUGCAAUUUUAAAAAAAAAAUUCCAAUUCACUUAUGUUAUCUAAUUUGCUUUGUUUUCUUGGUAUCUUUUGUUGAAAAGAAUAUCUAGAUGGGCUCAGGAGCCGCUAAGCACUACUGGGAACUAGCUGUUUAUUGGUGGCUUCACAUAUAUACCUCAUGUCAUUAAUUCACCCAAUGUGUUCAGCUUGCUUCCUGUACUUGCAAUGCUGCUUCUUCAACAAAGAAUACCAAAGGAAUAAAGCAAAUUUGCAUGUAAACUGGAAAGUUGUUUAAAAUUGCAUGCUUUUCUGAGUAAUGAAAGGAAACAUUUGGGUUUCAUAGCCCUUUAAGUAUUCUCCAUGCACCAGCAUUUUGCUUAGAGAGCCUAAGAUCUUUGUAUAAUCUGGUAAUGACUCUAUUUACAUCAUUUCUGACAUGAGCAGCUGCAGUAUUUGAAAUGCAGACGCACUGUUAAUAUCUAGGUAUGCUUCACAUGCAUUUGCAGAGAAAAUCAGUAGCACAAACACAUUGAUAACUUAUACUAGAAACAUGUUUGCACAUAUAUGUAUAUGGUAUUCAUCUAUGCGCAUUUACAUUUUUACCAAAAUGUCCCUUUUAUACAUUCUUAGACUUUGUUUUCAUUGCGUCUCUGCAAUUAUGUGUACAUUUCUAAAUAUUAACUUUCUCUUUACUCUUAUGUGUUCUAUGUUAGAUUUAAUUGCAAGCUCCUCUUUUACCUCAGCGUUUUUACAUGUGCCAUUUAAGUCAAUUUUUUGAGUUUUUAUGGCAAAUUAAAAAGAUGAGAAAAAAAACUUGACCUAGAUACCAUUUGUAUUUGAGAAAAAAACUAUUAACAAAUGUGAAUAUAAGCAUAAUUGUAAAUUUUUGUUGCUGUUUACAGGUAUUAAUAUUUACUACCGCUGUGGUGUCUGGGCCAUAUGUUUUAUGUACCUUUCACAUAUCUAAAAUCGUUUAGCAUGUUGAAGCAUCCCAUUUUAAUUAAAAUAAAAACAUCAGAAAAAAAAUAGUAAAUAUGUCUAUAUCAAGCAAAAUCGAAAAAAGUAAUAAUAUGUUUUAAUAACUGAAAUGGCAUAUACUGUAUGUAAUAAUUAAUACUUGGUUUACUGAAGACACCUUAAAUGAAACUGUUUUAUCUGCAUCAAUUUGAGACUUUGUCAAAAUAAAAUUUUAAAGUGCA